ACUCCGCGCCGGAGCUAGGCCCGCGCAGGCUGUGACAUCACGCCGCGCGCCCAGGCGAAGUGGUGCGGUAGCGGAGGUUCAGGGGUCUCCACGCGGUCGCUAUGGGUCCGCGGGUGCAGCUUCCGCCCGAGAUCCAGCUGGCGCAGCGCCUGGCGGGGAACGAACAGGUGACCCGGGACCGGGCGGUGAGGAAGCUCCGGAAAUACAUCGUCGCCAGGACGCAGCGGGCCGAAGGUAGCUUCACACAUGAUGAUCUGCUGAAGGUGUGGAAAGGCCUGUUUUACUGCAUGUGGAUGCAGGACAAGCCACUCCUCCAGGAGGAACUUGGCAGGACCAUUUCCCAGCUCGUCCACGCUUUCCAGACCACGGAGGCACAGCACCUGUUCCUGCAGACCUUCUGGCAGACCAUGAACCGCGAGUGGGCGGGCAUCGACCGGCUGCGCCUGGACAAGUUCUACAUGCUCAUGCGGAUGGUCCUGCACGAGUCACUGAAGGCCCUGAAGAUGCGGGCAUGGGAAGAGAGGCAGACCGAGCGGCUGCUGGAGCUGCUGACCACAGAGAUCCUGCACCCCGACAGCCAGGCCCCCAACGGGGUCAAGAGCCACUUCCUCGAGGUCUUCCUGGAGGAGCUGACCAAAGUGGGCGCCGACGAGCUGACAGCGGACCAGAACCUCCGGCUCAUCGAGCCUUUCUGCAGGGUGGCCGCCCGGACCCAGGACCCCCUGGUUCUGCACAGCAUCACCCGAGGCAUCUUUGAAACCAUCGUGGAACAGGCCCCACUGGCCAUCGAGGAGCUCAUGAAUGAGCUGGAGGCGCAGGAGGAGGAGGCGACGUCGGAGGGGGAGGAGCAGGACCGGGCUGUGCUGCCCGGGAAGCCCCCUCGGGGCUCUGUCCGGGCGGCUGAACCUGUCCUGGGUGAGGAGCAGGUGGAGGACGAUGACGACGAGGACCAUGCUGGCAGCGUCCUCCAGUUCGACUACGAGGCCGUGGCCAACAGGCUGUUUGAGGUGGCCAGUCACCAGGACACCCCGCCUCUGAACCGGAAGCGCCUCUACAAAGUGAUCCGCAAGUUGCAGGACCUCGCAGAAGGCCUCUUCCCUGAGGACGAAGUCCCGGAAAAAGCCUACAGGAACCCGCGGGGAGGGAGGCGCGUGAGAAUGAAGAGACGCUUGUCGCAGGCCCGGUGGCAGGACGCGGCAGGGAGAGGUGCGGAGGAGGCCUCGUGUCUAGAGCCAAGCCCCAGAUCUGUGAGGAGGAGGCAGCGGCGGCGGCGGAGCGCGGGGGCCGACCCUGCCGUGCCCCAGGAGCAGCCUGGGGGCCGAGGCAGGAGAGGGGCCCACAGCGGGCGGCAGCAGCCUCGGGUGAGGCCCAAAGCCACUGUGGCCGACUGCCAAGAGCCAAAGGCCAAGAGGAAGUGGACCCCACGGGGCCAGUGACAUUCACCAGGACCCCCCAACACCACCAGGGAGAGUGAGGGGAUAGAACAGUCGGGUCUGCUUCCCGAGACUCUGGGUGCCUACUGCUCCCCAACUUCCUGUGUCUAGAAGCGGCUGGGGUCAGGCCCUCACUUAGCGCCCGCAUCCCCGAAAGCGCCGAGGCUGUGCUGACCCGGUGGGGCCGGGGACCCUCACGGGGCCCACAAAUAAAGUGCUCCUUGGUGCCUGCA